CGCAGCUUCUAUUGAUAGAAGGUAUCCAUCCAUGACAUGCCUCCGGAGUACCUCCCUGCCUUAGAGAAUGUACCUCCUAUUAUGUGUGUAGCUAUUGUUAUAUACAUCCGAUCUCGCCUCCGUUAGGUACCGAACAGAACAAGACACCUUGUCGGCGGCGUCGACGACAACAUGCCCUUCUCUACCGUCACCACCACAACAACAUAGCGACGCCGGCAUCACCCUUUUCCCUCCGUAAUCAGGAAUCGCAGUGACGAUGCCGACAGCGUCCCGUCCCGAAUCAUACCGCCGCCUGUAGAUGACCUAUCCCCGCGCCUCGGUUGCCGCAUCCGCACCCAUAGCUGUUCCUUUACGAUGGAGCUGCUAACCCAGGGAGACUCGUCCUGGUCCUCCAUCCCAACCCAUCUGCUGCUUGCCGAACUCGAGAGAAGACAGGACGGUCAGGCCGACAACAACAAUGCCGAGAAGCCCGCCUGCGGGUCCGGCGACAGAGGCGCCUACGAUACGCCGCUCCACGUCUUCGCCCUGUUCCUGAUCUUAACUCUGAGCACGCUGGCAUGCGGAUUCCCUCUCUUCUCUCGCCGAAGCUCCAAGAGCCGCCGCGCCCACAAUAUAGUCUUCCUUAGCCAACAUUUCGGAACCGGCGUCCUAAUCGCGACCGCCUUCGUCCACCUGCUUCCCACCGCCUUCAUAUCCCUUACCGACCCCUGUCUUCCGUACAUAUUCAACGAGGGAUAUCCACCCAUGGCUGGUUUAGUAGCCAUGGUGUCGGUCCUAGCCGUCGUAUCGUUGGAAUCGUACUUGACUACCCGGGGCGCCGGCCACUCUCACGCACAUGCGCACACGUGGGACUCGGACGACGAAGAAUUAGAUGAGAAUAGGAAAAACGCGCAAACGAAUGGCGGCUUAGCCGCAGGGAGGGCUAGCAGCCACCGGGCGACAGAUAUCGCACUCGACGAUCUAGGAGCUAGUCGAGGUCUAAUGGCCGACGUCUCGCCACUGCCCGGCUCUAUGCCCAUCACUACGGCGGCGCCGAACAGCCACAAAUCUCCUCUUCCGAGCAAGAAUGACGAUGACAACGACGAAAACAGCGACGGCGAUGAUGACGACCUCCAUCUGGAUCUAAACGAACUCGAUCCGACCCCAGAAGAUGACGAACUGCCCCUGGCCCGCUCCAACGGGGACGCUAGACUCGCAGCACGGUACGCCGAGUCCGCGGCCCUCCAGGCCCCGCCGUCGCCCGAGGAGCAGAAGCGCCUGAUGUUCCAGUGCAUCCUGCUCGAGGCCGGCAUCCUGUUCCAUAGCGUGUUCAUCGGAAUGGCCGUGUCGGUGGCGACAGGCCCGCCGUUCGUCGUCUUCCUCGUCGCCAUCGCCUUCCACCAGACGUUUGAGGGCCUCGCGCUAGGGUCUCGCAUCGCCGCGAUCCAGUUCCCGCGGUCGUCGCUGCGGCCGUGGCUCAUGGUGCUCGCCUACGGCCUCACCACCCCCAUCGGCCAGGCCAUCGGCCUCGCCGUCCACCGCAUGUACGAUCCCCUCAGCCAGACCGGCCUACUCAUGGUCGGCUUCAUGAACGCCAUCUCGAGCGGCCUCCUGCUCUUCGCUGGCCUCGUCCAGCUCCUCGCCGAGGACUUCCUCACCGAGAAGAGCUACAAGUCGCUCCACGGCCGGAAGCGCCGGAACGCCGGGUUUGCCGUCUUUGCCGGAGCCACGCUCAUGGCCCUCGUCGGCGCCUUUGCGUGAUUUCUUUCUCUCCCUUAAAAUUUUUAGGUUGCUUUUCGGCCAUCUUUCGACGAGAGAAGGGCGUUCCUUUGCUUCCCUACUUACCACCCAUUCACUGCUUAAUUAGUCCAACCGAGGCGUGAUUCUAGAGCUCUAUGGGUAUAGGCGUUCUUGGA